UUAAGCAGGUUUGCACAUAUGUACCCCAUAAAUAUUAAUGAUUUCACGAUAAAUUCAUAAAAAAAUCACUGUACAUUGAAGCCACUACAUCUGUAAGAUUAUAGUUUAAGCGGUUUAAUGAGUAAUUUUCGUGAGAAUAUUGGGAAUAUAGGUGUUAUAUAUAUAGUUUAUUACAGAAGCAGAUCAGCACAAUGAGUCCGAAGUGACAGAGAAAGGUGAAGGGGAAGGCAGUGACAUGCAGGGGAAGAAACGAUCCUUCCCUGGGCCUCAGGGAAAGGCUGCUAAGAGAUUGAAAACGCAGGCUCAACCCAAAAAUGCACUAAUGCAUCUGUACGAAUUAAAGCCAGGCAUCCAGUACACGGUAGUUUCACAGACAGGGCCGACACAUGCACCCGUGUUUACAAUGUCAGUCGAAGUGAACAAUCAAGUCUUCACUGGUCAAGGCAACUCAAAAAAGGCGGCAAAGUUGGCCGCUGCAGAACUUGCUUUGAAAUCAUUUGUACAGUUUCCGAACGCAUCUGAUGCUCAUGCUGCCCUCGGCCGCCAGCCACAGAUGAAUGUAGAUUUCACAUCGGACAAUCCAGAGGUGUUUAUUCAGAACUUCGAGGGUGCGGAAGGUGUAGAAACUUCAAUUGCUCAAUCACAAGCCCAGAAUGGCAACGGCAUUGGUGUGAAUUCUGGGAAAAAAACGAAGGCUCUCCAGCACCAUGAGGGCAAAAAUCCAAUAAUGAUCCUCAAUGAACUUAAACCAAAUCUCAAAUAUGAAUGUAUGUCCGAAACUGGUGACAAACAUUCAAAGACAUUUACAAUGGCGGUAACAGUAGAUGGUGAAACCUUCACAGGAACAGCCAAAAACAAGAAGCUUGCAAAGGCUCGGGCAGCACAGGCGGCCCUAGCAAAGAUCUAUAACCUCACAUUCUCAUGGGGACCUGGUGCUAUGCCUGUCAACAACACAGAGAGCGGAGAGCCACCUUCUGCACUGGCGGACCAUGUAGCCAAGUUAGUACAGGGCAAGUUUGCUGAACUAACAGAUGACUUGAAGAGUCAGUAUGCUCGGAGAAAAGUUCUUGCUGGAAUGGUGAUGACCCGUGGUGAAGAUCUCUCACAAUCCAAGGUGUUGUGUGUCUCGGCAGGAACUAAAUGUAUUAAUGGAGAGUAUCUUAGUACCAGUGGACUGAGUGUGAAUGACUUCCAUGCUGAGAUACUGGCACGCAGAUCAACAAUCAGAUUCCUUUAUUCUCAAUUAGAAAAGAUGGCUUCCAAUGAUCCCAAACAGAUUGAGGAAUCAGUUUUUGAGAUGUGUGAGAAAGGUUGUAAACUCAAAGAUGACGUAAAAUUCCAUUUGUAUAUAAGCACAGCACCAUGUGGUGAUUCCAGAAUAUUCUCGCCACACGAGAUUCAGCAAGGGAGUGAAAAUGAAGGCGGGGAUAAACAUCCAAAUAGGAAGGCUAGAGGACAGCUUCGAACAAAAAUAGAAUCUGGCGAGGGAACUAUUCCAGUGAGAAUGGCUGUGGGUGUGCAGACUUGGGACGGAGUGAUUCAAGGGGAACGACUCCUGACCAUGUCCUGCAGUGAUAAGAUAGCUCGCUGGAACCUCCUUGGCAUUCAAGGUGCCUUGCUUGGUCAUUACAUUCAGCCAGUGUACAUUGAGAGCAUUAUUCUGGGUUCUUUGUAUCACAACGAACAUCUCGCUCGGGCCGUUUAUGGACGUCUGGCAAACAUGGAGGAUAUCACAAAGCCAUACUGCAUCAACAAGCCCAACCUCAGCGGAAUCAACAAUCCUGAGCAGAGACAACUUGGCAAGGCGCCAAACUUUGCAGUAAACUGGUGCGAUGGAGAUGAGGGUUUGGAAGUCAUCAACAUGACAACGGGAAAAUUGGAGCAGGGAACUGAGUCGAGAUUGUGUAAACGAGAAAUGUUAAAAAGAUUCUACGCACUUCAAGGCAGAAUAUCGACAGUAACAGACUUUGACAAAAUUCCAAAUGUUUCCUACGGAGAGCUUAAAGCAUUGAAUGUUCAGUACCAGGAGAUGAGGAAUAAACUGGUUGAACAUUUCAAGAAAUCGGGCUAUGGGCAGUGGGUGAAAAAGCCUGUCGAACAGGAUGAGUUCUUAUAUUCCACAGAGCCAACAGCAUAGUUCUAUUGCUUGCAUCAUUUUAGUGACAUAAUAACAUGACUUGCAUCAAGGAUUAAGUCUUCAGUAGAAAAUAAAUAAUUGGUCAGACAAUCCAGAAUGUUUUUACAUACCAGGUUUAGAUAUUUUUCAGCCAGAUUCAGUUUCUAUCAGCACUAUUAUUUUUUUCUAUCAAAUUUUGGAAGUCAGCACUUGUAACUGUGUAAUUGUUCUAAGUGAAUGUCUUGGUGCUGAGGCCUGUAUUUAAUAUUUAGGUAUGAAAUAUAAACUUUGACUUUUUAUUAAAUGACUGCAGUUCCUGUCUUAACUUUAUCUUAAGAUAGUUCCUUUUAAUACAAGAAUAUCUGGAUAUCAUUAGACAUCAUAGAUGAAUAUUAAAAGAAGCUACCUUAAUUUGAAAUUUCUGAUGUCUAAAUUUCAGACAGACCAUUGAUUUCAGCAAAGUCCUAUACAUCAGUGGAAUGUAGUAGGUAGUAGGUAUCAGUUUGGACAUGAAAUAAUUCUUUGUGACUGAGGUUUAUUUUGUCCAAAGUUUUCCAGUUUAGCAACUUGAAAGCUUUUGAGAGAAAUGUGACAGUGUGAGAAUUUUGCAGUUUUAUGAACAAGGGCUUAUGUCAUAAAACUAUGUUUUACAAAAAGUGGCGUUUAAUCGCUCAUUUAAUAAAAUUAAACCCUUUGCUUUUGAAGUUUCUUGUAACAUGUAUUGAAUUCUUUCUUAUAUUUGUGUGAAAAUUUAGCAGGGUUUUUGAAGAGAAUUAACUUGAUACUGGUACAGAAUCCAGGCUUGCUGUUACCCAGUUGAUUACUACUGCUUGUACAAAACAGACAAAAGAAAGACAAAAAAACUUGUUAGAAAAAAGGAAUUGUGUUAGAAAUCUUGAAAUAAAGGCAAGGUUAACAUUAUUCCGUAUAAUUAUAAUUAUUCCUGAAGUAAAAAGAAAUUUGAAAAAGAAGGCCAGAACUUUGGAUAACAAUACUAUAUUCUGCCUUGAAAAUAAGAAAGAUUCACUAUGAUUGUAAUAGCUUCAGCAUGAAAAAGAAGGCACAACACUGAAAUAAAGCUGAAGAAAAUAACAACUGUUACUCGAGAACUUUUGCAAAAUACAUCACAGUCAAGCAGUCGGCCCAGACUUAAAGUCACAAAUUGGGGACUUUUUUCUUUUCUUUUUUACAUGGUUGUAUAGUAUCCUUUUAUUAUUUUUUUAAGCUCGGAAUAUUGUUGAUUGUUUUAGGGUUUAAAUCUUAGGUAAUUUAAUUGUAUUACUUUUUAUUGAUGUAUUUUAAAUGAAGUGUUAGAUGGAAAGAAAAUUUGGAACUGUUUUAUAAAUCUGUGUGCCAUGAUGCAGAUAAAAAUAAAGAUAUUUGCUCAAUUUGAGAAGUAUAGCUGUAGGCACAACAUUUUUAUAGCAUAUUUCUUAGACAAUAAGGUGUUGGGAAUAACCCGAAAAAUAUCAGCUUUAAAUUUAUGUCCAUGUGACACUCGGUGUUCUUUCUUACAACAACUCUGGAAAGCAACAACAACUCUUAGUCAAGGACAGGGUCAAUUUAUUGAUAAAAACAUGUUUGCUUCUUGAAAACUUUUAAAGAGGAUACUUUUUGUUGAGUCUAUGUUAUCUGUACUUACAUCUUGCAUGAAGAAAUUUGGAGUAUUUCCUCAUUUUUUUCUCAUUUUGACUGACAAAUAGAUAGUUACUACCAAGACCUACUUUUUCACAUGGAGGCCUGUGAACAGUGCAUUUAAAACUUGAUUUUUUAGUAAUAUAUGGAAUAUCUUGUCGUCAUUUUGUUUUAAAAAUACACUGAUUGGGUACUGUUCUUUAAGUUGUCCAUUUUAAAUGGAAACAUCUUCCUGAAUAAAGUGGUGAUGUCAUUAAUUUUAGAAUCUUUAUCUGAGUUAUCUAUUAUAUCAAUGUUUCAGGCUUUAGUCAUUGUUUUGACUUAAAACAGAUGAAAAAUUUAGCUUUCUCAUUUUUUAAGCACACAUAUUUUUAAAGCUGUGACUCAUAAUAUAUUUGAAAGGACCAAAGUUGUAUCAGCAGAGUGAAAUCUGUAUGAAUUGAUGUUUGUAAGUCAAUACAGUUCAUUUUGUUGUGUGAAAGUGUUUUUCUUUUCUUACAUCAAGUUGUUUACAAAAAUCACAUUUUUGUGUUAAGCACAUUUAAUGUUUGUGUUUUAAGUGAAUAGUGUGAAGUAAUACUUUUGAAGCUGUACAUUAAAACUUACACUUUGCUGUAUGUUUCUUGUAGUUUUGUAACAAGACAUUUUAAAUCGUGCCAGAAAUUCAUCUUAACUACAUUGAGAAUAAAUUUUGUCUCCA